GGGCAGAAGAGAAAGGCGGGCAGGCAGUGGCGCGCGAGGGUGGGCUGGGCGGAUUCCGCGAGUGCCACGGCGGUUGGCGAAGCGCAGGGGGCGCAGCCUCCCGGUGCGAGAAACGGUCCCGGCUGACAGAUCCCCGUCUUCCGGCUGCGCCACCCGGGAGGCGGAACCCCGGGGCCUGAGGAGGCCUCCUCGGCCCGGUCCUCCCCGACUCCCGAGGGUCAACAGAGUGGCCUCUGAAGAGAAGGAGGAGGUCGCCCGGGGCGGCGGCGGCGGACGGAGACCGCGCUCCCCCUUCGGCGGCGGCGGGGGCAGGACAAUGGAGGUGGCUGUGGAGAAGGCGGCGACGCCGGCGGCGGCGGCGGCGGCAGCGGCAGCGGCGGCGGCUUCGGCGGCCACGGGGGGGCCCUCGGCAGCGCCGAGCGGGGAGAACGAGGCCGAGAGUCGGCAGGGCCCCGACUCGGAGCGCGGGGGCGAGGCGGCCCGGCUUAACCUGUUGGACACUUGCGCCGUGUGCCACCAGAACAUCCAGAGCCGGGCGCCCAAGCUGCUGCCCUGCCUGCACUCCUUCUGCCAGCGCUGCCUGCCGGCGCCCCAGCGCUACCUCAUGCUCCCCGCGCCGAUGCUAAGCUCGGCCGAGACCCCGCCGCCCGUCCCUGCCUCUGGCUCGCCAGUCAGCGGCUCCUCGCCAUUCGCCACGCAAGUUGGAGUCAUUCGCUGUCCAGUUUGCAGCCAAGAAUGUGCAGAAAGACACAUCAUAGAUAAUUUCUUUGUGAAGGACACUACUGAGGUUCCCAGCAGUACAGUAGAAAAGUCUAAUCAGGUAUGUACAAGCUGUGACGACAAUGCAGAAGCUAAUGGGUUUUGUGUAGAGUGUGUUGAAUGGCUCUGCAAGACUUGCAUCAGAGCUCAUCAGAGGGUGAAGUUCACAAAAGACCACACUGUCAGACAGAAAGAAGAAGUAUCUCCAGAGGCAGUUGGUGUGACCAGUCAGCGGCCAGUGUUUUGUCCUUUUCAUAAAAAGGAGCAGCUGAAGCUUUACUGUGAGACAUGUGACAAACUGACGUGUCGGGACUGCCAAUUAUUAGAACAUAAAGAGCAUAGAUAUCAGUUUAUAGAAGAAGCUUUUCAGAACCAGAAAGUGAUCAUAGACACACUAAUCACCAAACUGAUGGAAAAAACAAAAUACAUAAAAUUCACAGGAAAUCAGAUCCAAAACAGAAUAAUUGAAGUAAAUCAAAAUCAAAAGCAGGUGGAACAGGAUAUUAAAGUUGCCAUAUUUACAUUGAUGGUAGAAAUAAAUAAAAAAGGAAAAGCUCUACUGCAUCAGCUAGAGAGCCUUGCAAAGGACCAUCGCAUGAAACUUAUGCAACAACAACAGGAAGUGGCUGGUCUUUCUAAACAGUUGGAACAUGUCAUGCAUUUUUCUAAAUGGGCAGUUUCCAGUGGCAGCAGUACGGCAUUACUUUAUAGCAAGCGACUGAUUACAUACCGAUUACGGCAUCUCCUUCGGGCAAGGUGCGAUGCUUCCCCAGUGACCAACAAUACCAUCCAAUUUCACUGUGAUCCUAGUUUCUGGGCUCAAAAUAUUAUCAAUUUAGGUUCUUUAGUAAUCGAGGAUAAAGAGAGCCAGCCACAAAUGCCUAAGCAGAAUCCUGUGGAACAGAAUUCACAGUCACCAGGUGGUUUGUCUUCAAACCAGUUAUCCAAGUUUCCAACACAGAUCAGCCUAGCCCAAUUACGACUCCAGCAUAUGCAGCAACAGCAACCCCCUCCACGUUUGAUAAAUUUUCAAAAUCACAACCCCAAACCCAAUGGACCAGUUCUUCCUCCUCAGCCUCAACAACUGAGAUAUCCACCAAACCAGAAUAUACCGCGACAAGCAAUAAAGCCCAACCCCUUACAGAUGGCUUUCUUGGCUCAGCAAGCCAUAAAACAGUGGCAGAUCUGCAGUGGACAGGCUGCCGCAUCAACUGCCAACAGCACAUCUUCCACUCCUUCCAGUCCCACCAUUACUAGUGCAGCAGGAUAUGAUGGAAAGGUUUUUGGUUCACCUAUGAUCGAUUUGAGCUCGCCAGUCGGAGGUUCUUAUAAUCUUCCUUCUCUUCCAGAUAUUGAUUGUUCAAGUACUAUUAUGCUGGACAAUAUGGUGAGGAAAGAUACUAGCAUAGACCAUGGCCAGCCAAGACCACCCUCCAAUAGAACUGUCCAGUCACCAAAUUCAUCAGUGCCAUCUCCAGGCCUUGCAGGACCUGUUACUAUGACUAGCGUACAUCCCCCAAUACGUUCACCUAGUGCCUCCAGCGUUGGGAGCCGAGGAAGCUCUGGCUCUUCUAGCAAACCAACAGGAGCUGAUUCUACACACAAAGUCCCAGUGGUCAUGUUGGAGCCUAUCCGAAUAAAACAAGAAAACAGUGGACCACCGGAAAAUUAUGAUUUUCCUGUUGUUAUAGUGAAACAAGAAUCAGAUGAAGAAUCUAGACCUCAAAAUACCAACUAUCCAAGAAGCAUACUCACUUCCCUGCUCUUGAAUAGCAAUCAGGGCUCUGCUUCUGAGGAGACUGUGGUAAGAUCAGAUGCUCCGGAUAGCACAGGAGAUCAACCUGGACUUCACCAGGAAAAUUCCUCAAAUAGAAAGUCUGAGUGGAUGGAUGCUUCCCAGAAGUCACCACUUCAUGUUGGAGAGACAAGAAAAGAGGAUGACCCCAAUGAGGACUGGUGUGCAGUUUGUCAGAAUGGAGGGGAACUCCUGUGCUGUGAAAAGUGCCCCAAAGUAUUCCAUCUUUCUUGUCAUGUGCCCACACUGGCAAAUUUUCCAAGUGGAGAGUGGAUUUGCACUUUCUGCCGAGACUUAUCUAAACCAGAAGUUGAAUAUGAUUGUGAUACUCCCAAUCACAACUCAGAAAAAAAGAAAACUGAAGUCCUUGUUAAAUUAACACCAAUAGAUAAAAGGAAGUGUGAACGGCUACUUUUAUUUCUUUAUUGCCAUGAAAUGAGCCUGGCUUUUCAAGACCCAGUUCCUCUAACUGUGCCUGAUUAUUACAAAAUAAUUAAAAAUCCAAUGGACUUGUCAACCAUCAAGAAAAGACUGCAAGAAGAUUAUUCCAUGUAUACAAAGCCUGAAGAUUUUGUAGCUGAUUUUAGACUGAUCUUUCAAAAUUGUGCUGAAUUCAAUGAGCCUGAUUCAGAAGUAGCCAAUGCUGGUAUAAAACUUGAAAGCUAUUUUGAAGAACUUCUAAAGAACCUUUAUCCUGAAAAAAGGUUUCCUAAAGUAGAAUUCAGGGAUGAAUCAGAAGAUAAUAAAUUUAGUGAUGACUCAGAUGAUGACUUUGUACAGCCCCGGAAGAAACGCCUUAAAAGCACUGAGGAACGACAGUUGCUUAAAUAAGCAGCACCAUUGGCAUGUGCUGGUUUUUAGAUUUUUUUGUUUUCAAAAAAAAAAAAAAUUUUUGUCAGUAAUUAACAUCAUUACAAGGAAGACUCUGUGACCACUCUAUUGAAAGCUUUUGAUGUUUGCUAGGCUUUUGUUUCCUUAAUAUUUCUUUUAACCGCUUAUAAAGAAAGAAAGAAAAAGAUGAAAGAAGCAUCAGCAGCAAAAUAAAAAGACAUUCUUCCCACUACUUGGCUAUCAAAACAGCAUUCUGGGUUGGUAGCUACUGUAGAAAGGAAAUAGACUUCAUAUGAACUCUUAAGUUGAAAACAAUGUGAUUUGAAUGUGUGUGUUAAUCCAUUUUUAGAAAAUUAAUACCACUGCCCAUUAAUUAUGACCCAUCCCUAUGAGUUAGGUGUACUGUACUUAAAAGCAGUACUUUAUGAACAUGAGUGGUAAUCUAUCCCAGGAUGCCAACUGGUGCAACAAGAGUAGAUUAGAUGCUAUUAAGGCAGCGCCUAAUAGUAUUUUCGUGUAAGAUGGCAACCAUAUUAAAGAAAAAUCAGGAAAACAA